AUGGUUAUGCUCCGAUUGACUGCUGAGCAGUACCAAAAGCUGCCUAUUCUGGCGGAUGAGUCAACUUGCUCCGGGAAGACCUACAUAGUCACAGGAAGCAACUCUGGUCUCGGUCUAGAGACUGCAAGGCACCUUGUCGAAUUCUCGGCCGCCUGUGUCAUCCUGGCCGUGAGGAACCUCACAGCCGGAGACAAUGCUAAAAAGGAGAUUGAGAGAUCAACAGGCCGCAGCGGUGUCGUACAGGUAUGGCAUCUCGACAUGGCAUCGAGUGAGUCUGUUGAGACCUUUGCCAAGAAGGCGUCAGCGGAGCUGGAUAGGAUCGAUGGCUUUGUUGCCAAUGCUGGCGUUAUGAACGACACAUGGUCGACUGCUGAGGGCAUGGAGACCAGUAUCACUGUCAAUGUUAUCAACACCUUGUUUCUAGGGGCUCUGAUGUUGCCCAAGCUGAGUGACAGCGGACGCAAAUUUGGGAUGAAGCCCACUCUCCUCUUUGUCGUCAGUGCUCUAGGAUACACGGUGAAAAGCGAGAUGGAUAAAACUCGCCAGGGCAGCAUAUUCGAUGGUCUCUACGACCAGAAAAGGGCCAACAUGAGCCGAAGGUAUGCUCUCUCCAAAUUAUUAGAAGAGUGUGCCGUACGCCAGUUUGCGUCACUGUGUCCUGUCAAGCGUACAGGCGUGAUUGUAAACAUGGUGGCUCCUGGCCUGUGCUCGACUGGCCUGGGUCGUGAUGUUGGGACUUUUACCAAGAUCAUGUACGAGUCAGUCAAAGCCAUGAUGGCGCGGACUGCGGAGGUUGGAAGCCGGACGCUCUUGCAUGGCCUGGUGGCUGGCGAGGAGAGCCAUGGGAAACUGCUGUCUGGCUGUAAAAUCAAGGAAUACUGGGUGCCAACUUGGCUCAGCAAUGAACAGGGCCAGCGCCUGCAGAAGGAUGUCUGGAAUGAAGUUGCUGCUAGGUUGGAAAGGGUCCAGCCUGGGUGUAUCUCUAAGCUCUCGUAG